AUGGCUGAAGCGUCCGGAGCCGGUAGCUCCCAGUCCAUGGACGUGUCACCUCUUCACCUCCAGAUGGUAGAACAAGGAGAACGCUGGGUGAUGAAAAAGUAUGGAAGAGUCGGAAGGCCUAGGGACAAAGAUAGGAACCAGGCACAAAAACGGGUAUAUGAGUCAAAUGAAGAAUCUGGUCUUAUUACCCUAACCAUAUUAACUACUGGUCAUUUCUUCAUCUCUCAAGGACAUGUACUACUGGAAGGCUUUUCUCUAAUCUCUGCAAAGUCGUGGCUGAAGGUCGGAAAGAAGUUGGAUUGGCUGCUCUUUGGUUCAAAAAUAAAGUUAAAUAAAGUCCGCAUGUUCAGAGUUCAGUUUGAUGGUGACUCCAAGGAUAAAGCCCAGGAAAACUGUGACAAUUGCUUUCAAAGACUUCAACAUUUCUUGUGCGACCAGAAUGAAUCAGUUCAAGAGUCCCCUCAAAGCUUUCCAGAACAACGGAUUACCAUGACAGAGGUGGCACAGAGACAAUAUAAACUAAUCUGGCAAAUAUACUUUUUUGGCAAACGAAUGGAUGAUAAGUCUCAUGUGGCUGUGUAUGUACAAGUGUUUCUGAUUUUUUGUAUGAAAUUUGUGUCCUCUGCUUGGGAAAAUGCCUAUAAGAUGAACAUUUGUACCAAAGUAAUUCACGUUUUGCAUUUACAGGGCAUAGUGGUAAGCAAACAAGCAAAUGACACCACCUCGACCUAUAUGUGCCCUCCCUUAAAUGAGGAGCUGUGUUCCUUCCUCAAAUUAUGUCUCUUGGACCAGAACUUCCCAGGAUUUGUUGAAGCUGUGGAAAAAGAGUUGAACAAACUUAUAAAAAGCUAAGUGCUGGGGGAAAAAAAACACUAAAAAAAGCUUUACACCAGAAUACAUUCCUGUUUUAGUUUGUUUAUAUUGUAUCAACAAGUGUAUUUUCCACACACAUUAUUACACUUCAAUUGCACAAUCCAUGGGCUCAUGCAACUAGAACAUUCCCCCACCCCUCUGCCCAGUAAGAGAUAUUACAUAUUUGAUAUACUGACACAUUUACAUCUAGUUGCAUAGAAUAGAACCAUGCUUUAAAGAACAAAUGUAAAAUCUCAUUAAAUAACCCAAAUUAAACAAAAACCCCAAAGAAAAAAUAUAUAUAUAACUUAUAAAAAGUCUGCCUGCAUGAAUGUACAUUUUGACAUAACAGUGCAAAAGGAUUGAAGAAUAUACAUGAUUGAACCAAUGUUCACUUAUAAAGCAUCCCACCUAAUUUUUCAAUAUGGUCUCUUAUCUUUAGCAGGUCAUUUUAAAUAUUUGCACUAAGUCAAAUCAGUUUGUCAUCCAGUUACGCUAGGCCUUAAAUGGGUUGUCCUGGUUCAGAGCUGAGCCCGGACAUAACCUCCUCUUCACUUAUUUACCAUGUACAAGUGCUUCUUCUUUACUACCAGUGACAUACCAGGCUUCACAUGGGUAUGCUAGGCAGAGACUUCGACUUAGAAGUGAGCCCGGUGAUGUCACCGGCACAAAUAGGUGGCCUUUAGCGCUGCCCUACAAUGUUUUACAGGCUAGGGCAGCGCUAAAGACAGCUCAUUAGUGCUUUGAUGCUCCACUCAUAGAUGGUGAAGAAGAGGUUAUGUCCAGGUUCAGCUCUGAACCUGGACAACCCCUUAAAAGUACUUCUGUGAAUGGUUGCUUAUAACAUUUACAUUAGAUAUUUAACUUCUCAGAGAAAAAGCCAUAAUGAUACUUUGUAACUAUACAGCCAAAACAUUCCUGUUAAGCCUUCUUCAGUACAAAGUACUGGACAUUUGGUGAAGCAACGCAUGAUAUUCCAGUACAAAACAGAGCAGACAGAUGUAUAUUGUAUAUAAAAAAAAUCAAGAAUCGUUGUGACAUACAUUAGGCCCUAGGACGCCACCGUAUGAGUUAUAAAAUAAGCUAUUCCAUGCUUGAGGAAACUUUUUUGAAUAAUUUUUAGAAUGUUCAGGGUCAUUGAAACGAUGCUUCAUCUGACUGUCAUAUGGCAGCUACAACAUUCACAAGCCAUCCAAUACUCAGCUUUAAAAAAUACAUGAUACUUUCAUUACAAUGGAUGCAUUCUGCUCAAUUAAGAUACAUGCCAAAUAUACAGAAAAAAAAAAAUAUGGAAAAAAAUUAAUAAAAAUAUAUAAAAUAAACCUGCUGUCCAAGCCUCUACUAUCCCGUUGGAAGGCUUACAUUUUGUGUAUGUGUGUAAUAAGAUAUAUAUAUAUAUAUAUAUAUAUAUAUAUAUAUAUAUAUAUAUAUAUAUAUAUAUAUAUAUAUAUA